AUGGUUGUUCCUCAUUCCUCCAACACAGAGGCAGCUUGUGGUUUUCCAGCACCUCAGUCUGGAUAUAUAGAUCGAGGACCCAAGGAGGAGGAAGUUGAGGUGGAAGAUUUCCCUUCCUCCUUCUUUAGGUCUGCUUUGGGUACAGGUAAUGGGCCCUUAAUUGUUUCUUCUCCUGAUUUCUGGACCUUGGAAAGGGCUGCCAAUAAGCCAGGCAGGAAGAUAGUGGCAGCAAAGAAGAUGAAAAAGUCACUGGAGUUGGUCAAUUCUAGUUUCCAACUCGUUAUGACAAGUGGAAAGUACAUGCUGGGGUACAAGCAGACUCUGAAAAUAAUCAGAUAUGGCAAAGUGAAACUGGCUGUCCUCGACAACAACUGCCCAGCCUUGAGGAAAUCUGAGAUAGAAUACUGUGGCAUGUUGGCUAAAACUGGCGCCCAUCACUACAGUGGCAAUAAUAUUAAUUUGAGCACAGCAUGGAAGAAAUAUUACAGAGUAAGCACUCUGACUAGCAUUGAUCCAGGUGAUUCUGAUGUCAUUAGAAGCAUGCCAGAACAGAUUGGUGAAAAGUAA